CAGAAGAAGAAACUGUAACCCUCCAAGUUUAUUCCUCUUGAGUUAGAGAGGCCAAUGAGUCGUGACUAAGUUUUGAAGCAAGUAGGGAUAUCUGGAGGAGUAACAGCUGAACUGAGAUCUGCUGCUGUGAAGAUGCUGUUUGUCAAAGAGGAGAGUGAGGAGGACAAGAGUGAACCAGAAACCCGGAGAAUAAAACACGAGGAGCCAGAAAACUGCAGAAUAAAACACGAGGAGCCAGAAACCUGGAGAAUAAAACACGAGGAACCAGAACCCCGCAGAAUAAAACAGGAUCAAGGAGAGUUUAUUGAAGAAAGUGAUGAGAACGAAGAAUUGAGAGAAGAUGAGGAGAAACAACAUCAUGUCAAAACUGGAGAAAAACCUUUGAGUUGCUCUCAAACCAAACAUAAAGAUUUAAAGAAAAGAGGAGCCAAGAAAUCUUUCACCUGCACUCAGUGUGGAAAGAGUUUGACAAACAAAUAUAGUCUUGAUGUUCACAUGAGAGUUCACACUGGAGAGAAACCGUUUACUUGUAAUCAGUGUGGGAAGAGUUUCACACAAUCAUUAAGCCUAAAGAAACACAUGAACAUCCACACUGGAGAGAAACCUUACAAGUGUUCACACUGUGACAAGAGAUUCAGUCAGUCAACACAUCUGAAGAAACACAAGGUAGACCACACUGGAGAGAAACCGUACACAUGUGAUCAGUGCGGGAAGAGUUUCACACAAAAAGGACACUUUAUGACACAUAUGAGAACUCAUAAAGGAGAGAAGCCAUUCAUAUGUAAUCAAUGUGGAAAGAGAUUUGCAUACUUAGCAAACCUUAACGAACACAUGAAUAUCCACACUGGUGAGAAACAUUACAAGUGUUCACACUGUGACAAGAGAUUCAGUCAGUCAACACAUCUGAAAACACAUGAGAGGAUUCACACUGGAGAGAAACCUUACAAGUGUUCACACUGUGACAAGAGAUUCAGUCAGUCAACACAUCUGAAAACACAUGAGAGGAUUCACACUGGAGAGAAACCUUACAAGUGUUCACACUGUGACAAGAGAUUCAAUCAGUCAACACAUCUGAAAACACAUGAGAGGAUCCACACUGUAGAGAAACCGUACACAUGUGAUCGGUGCGGGAAGAAUUUUGCACGGAAAGGAAUCCUUAUGACACAUAUGAGAAUUCACACAGGAGAGAAACUGUACACAUGUAAUCAAUGCGGGAAGAGUUUGAUUAGCAAAUAUAGUCUUGAGCUUCACAUGAGAAGUUUAUUGAAGAAAGUGAUGAGAACGAAGAAUUGA